GCGCUCUGCACUGGGCGGAGCUUCCUUCGCCCUGCCCGGCUUCCGUACUCUUGCUGUGGCCUCAGCUCUUCCACGUCACCGAGAGCUAGAUCUCGCCUGACACCCGGUUGGGAGCAGGGUCAGAACCUGCCUGAAGUUUUACCGUCUGUCUGACCGCGCCGGAGCCAUGACGGCUGCAGAGAAUGUGUGCUACACCCUCAUCAAUGUCCCCAUGGACUCGGAGCCUCCAUCAGAGAUCACCCUGAAGACCGACCUGGAGAAGGGGGAUGUGAAAUCCAAGACGGAGGCUCUGAAGAAAGUGAUCAUCAUGAUCCUGAAUGGCGAGAAGCUGCCCGGACUCCUGAUGACCAUCAUCCGCUUCGUGCUGCCGCUGCAGGAUCACACCAUCAAGAAACUGCUGCUCGUCUUCUGGGAGAUCGUGCCCAAGACGACGCCGGACGGGAAGCUGCUGCAGGAGAUGAUCCUCGUGUGCGACGCCUACAGGAAGGAUCUCCAGCAUCCAAACGAGUUCAUCCGGGGAUCCACUCUGCGCUUCCUGUGUAAACUGAAGGAAGCCGAGCUUCUGGAGCCGCUGAUGCCCGCCAUCCGGGCGUGUCUGGAGCACCGCCACAGCUACGUGAGGAGGAACGCCGUGCUGGCCAUAUACACCAUCUACAGGAAUUUUGAGCAUCUGAUCCCAGACGCUCCUGAGCUCAUCCAUGACUUCCUGGUGAACGAGAAGGACGCCAGCUGCAAGAGGAACGCCUUCAUGAUGCUGAUCCACGCAGACCAGGACCGCGCUCUGGAUUAUCUCAGCACCUGUAUCGAUCAGGUCCAGACCUUUGGUGACAUCCUGCAGCUGGUGAUUGUGGAGCUCAUCUACAAGGUGUGUCACGCCAACCCCUCCGAGAGAGCGCGCUUCAUCCGCUGUAUCUUCAACCUGCUGCAGUCAUCCAGCCCAGCUGUGAAGUAUGAAGCCGCCGGGACCCUCGUCACACUGUCCAGUGCUCCCACCGCCAUCAAGGCUGCGGCUCAGUGCUACAUCGACCUGAUCAUUAAGGAAAGCGACAACAACGUGAAGCUGAUCGUCCUGGACCGCCUGAUAGAGCUCAAGGACCACCCGUCACACGAGCGUGUCCUGCAGGAUCUGGUCAUGGACAUCCUCAGAGUCCUCGGCACGCCAGACCUGGAAGUGCGCAAGAAAACCCUGCAGCUGGCGCUGGACCUGGUGUCUUCAAGAAACGUUGAGGAGCUGGUGAUUGUCCUGAAGAAAGAAGUCAUAAAGACCAACAACGUGACCGAGCACGAGGACACAGACAAGUACCGCCAGCUGCUCGUCCGGACUCUGCACUCCUGCAGCGUGCGCUUCCCAGACAUGGCCGCCAACGUCAUCCCUGUGCUGAUGGAGUUCCUGAGUGACAGUAAUGAGGCGGCCGCCGCUGACGUCCUGGAGUUUGUGCGAGAAGCGGUUCAGAGGUUCGAUAACCUGAGGACGCUGAUCGUGGAGAAGAUGCUGGAGGUUUUCCAGGCCAUUAAGUCUGUGAAGAUUUACCGGGGAGCGCUGUGGAUUCUGGGAGAGUACUGCAGCACAAAAGACGACAUCCAGAGCGUGAUGACGGAAGUGCGCCGGUCCCUAGGGGAGGUCCCGAUUGUGGAGAAUGAGAUCAAAAAGGAAUCCGGGGAAAUGAAGCCGGAGGAGGAGGUAACUGUGGGCCCCACUCAGAAGCUGGUGACCGAGAUGGGCACGUACGCCACCCAGAGCGCACUCAGCAGCUCCCGGCCCACCAAGAAGGAGGAGGAGAGGCCACCUCUCCGGGGAUUUCUACUGGACGGAGAUUUCUUUGUUGCCGCUUCUCUCGCCACCACCCUGACCAAGAUCGCUCUGCGCUACGUGGCUUUGGUUCCAGACAAGAAGAAGCAGAAUUCCUUUGUGGCAGAGUCCAUGCUUCUCAUGGCGACCAUCCUGCAUCUGGGCAAGUCCUCUCUCCCCAAGAAGCCGAUCACAGAUGAUGACGUGGACCGGAUCUCGCUGUGUCUGAAGGUUCUGUCCGAGUGCUCCCCCCUGAUGAAUGAGAUCUUCAACCAGAAAUGCCGCCUGUCCCUGUCCCACAUGCUGUCCGCCAAGCUGGAGGAGGAGAAGCUGUCUCAGAAGAAAGAAUCUGAAAAACGAAACGUGAUGGUUCAAGCAGACGACCACAUCUCCUUCAUGCAACUGACCGCCAAGAAUGAGAUGGCGUCAAAGGAGGAUCAGUUCCAGCUAAGUCUCCUGGCGGCCAUGGGAACGACACAGAGGAAAGAGGCGGCAGAUCCACUGGCAUCCAAGCUGAACAAGGUGACUCAGCUGACGGGGUUCUCGGAUCCGGUGUACGCAGAGGCCUAUGUGCACGUGAACCAGUAUGACAUCGUCUUGGAUGUGUUAGUCGUCAAUCAGACCAGCGACACCCUGCAGAACUGUACCCUGGAGCUCGCCACAUUGGGGGAUCUGAAACUUGUUGAAAAGCCGUCGCCUCUCACCCUCGCCCCUCAUGACUUCGCAAACAUCAAAGCAAACGUGAAAGUCGCUUCAACUGAAAAUGGAAUUAUAUUCGGAAACAUUGUGUAUGACGUGUCCGGAGCAGCAAGUGACAGGAACUGCGUGGUCCUCAGUGACAUCCACAUCGACAUCAUGGAUUACAUCCAGCCCGCCAGCUGUACGGACACGGAGUUCCGGCAGAUGUGGGCGGAGUUCGAAUGGGAAAACAAGGUCACUGUCAACACCAACAUCAUAGAUCUAAACGAAUAUCUGCAGCACAUCCUGAAGUCCACAAACAUGAAGUGUCUGACGCCAGAGAAGGCGCUGUCCGGUUACUGCGGCUUCAUGGCCGCCAAUCUGUACGCUCGCUCCAUAUUCGGUGAGGACGCUCUUGCCAAUGUCAGCAUAGAGAAGCCGAUCCACCUUGGACCUGACGCUCCAGUUACCGGUCACAUACGGAUCAGAGCCAAGAGUCAGGGCAUGGCGCUGAGCCUCGGUGACAAGAUCAACCUGUCUCAGAAGAAGUCCACUGUAUAGAGAAGC